CUGAUCACUGGGGUCAGGUUUCUUAUGAUGGUUUAGCACCAUCCCCUUGGUGUUGUCCACACGACAGUGAGUGAGAUCUGGUAGUUUAAAAGUGGGUUGCAUCCACCCUUGUCUUGCACCUGCUUUCACCAUGUGAUGUGAUUGCUCUCUUUUUGCCUUCUGCCAAGAUUGAAAGCUUCCUAAGGCUUCCCCAGGAACAGAUGCCACUCUGCUUUCUGUACGGCCUGUGGAACCAUGAGCCAAUUAAACCACCUUUCUUAGAAAUUACCCAGUCUUGGGUAUUUCUUUAUAGCAAUGCAAGCAUGGCCUAGUACAAUAACUUUAGAUGCAGUUUUGAGGUCUGCAUCAAGAUCUCUGAAACUUCACAAGGACAGCUUCCAAACCCCCAUUCACUUGAAUAUAGUUCCAUUCAAUGGUUAUUGAACACUUACCAAAAACAACACCUUAUUAUUAGCCUUUUUGAUUCGUUCAACCUCAUUUCUCCAAAACUUCCCAGGUCUCCUGCCCUUGUUCUUAUUACUGGGCCUGUUGCCACAUGACAUUGUAAGCCUGAAGCAUCACGUGCCUGGAGUGUCUGUUUCACUGUUCCUUGUUACCACUCUUGGAAUAGGCGUGGAACAAACCCUCAUCCUCUCGGAAUGCUAGGUAGACUCAUGACCAGUAGUAGGUACAUUUUGGGGGCUCCUUUCUGUCUACAGUUACUAAUUCUUCUUGUAUCCUCCUACCCUCACCUCAGGUAAACACUUAUUUUGCUUUCAUGCCAAAGUAAAUUUAGUUUUCAUUUGUAUUUCAUGUUACUCUCUAUAUAUAUAUGUAGAAGCAGCCUGGAGCUUUGAUGUGCUCAGCUGUGCCAGCCUUACCUUUAUUAGAAUACUGGACUCUUGACGGAGGAUGUUACCUAGACUUAACCAAGAUGGUUUCUAGACAAAACUCGUUAUGACUAUUGUGGUAUCAGAGUGUUUGAAGUAUUGAAUGGUUUCAGUUGCUGUAGCAAAGGAACAAUGGAGUUUUCAAUUAUAUGUUAUAUUCUGAAACUGUCUUUCAAUAGGAACAAAAAAACCCCAGUAACUUUAGACAUUAAAUGUAUUUUCCUUUGUGUAUCAAUAAAUUAUUUCUUUAUAAAAUUGGUGUUGGAGAGGUAAUUUUUCUUUUUCAAAAUUAGAAAGUUAAUCACAAAAUAGGCUUUAGUGUUAAUCUCAAAGGUCACACUUUUGGAGGUUGGUUUUACAAGAAGAAAAACAAAACCCACAGUUGAGAAAUUGAGUUGAGAGUUAAUAUUCUUCACAGGAAAUUCCUGUAAAGGAAACCAGCUUACUCACUCUUUCAACUAAACCCAACCACAAACUUUAUCUCGUCAAGGAGGUUGGUCAGAGAAGAGUUUUAGAUGCUUCUUCUUCAGAGCAUUGCCUAGGAAAGAGGUAGUUUAUUUGAUUUUCCUCUGCAUGACCAUCCAUUUCACAAUGUCAAUGGUCAUUUACAAAAUAAGGCUUUCCUUUUUCAUCCAGUUAUUACCCAUUAUUUUUGAGCUGAUGCGAGUUACAUGGCUACUGUGUCUUCUCCAGGUAUCUCUCUGGAUAGGAAGAAAUAUAGUAGAACCCUUUGAAAACGGAUAUUCUCACAUAUUUUCCUUCAGAUACAAAAGCCGGCAGUCACUGAAAUAAAGACUUGAAGUUCCUUCCUCUUUUUUUUAAUGUCUUAAGAGCAGGAAAUAAAGGUAAGAAAGCUGAAGUCCAGAAAGAGACUACGUGAUUUAACUGGAGUCACACAAAAUGAAGGGGAUACGCAGGGCAGAGUUCUGAAUCUCAAAACACUCUACUCUAGCAAUGGAAUGAAAUUAUUGAAGUGAUGACAGGAACAUGGGAGAACAAUGCUCUAUUUGGGCUGGAUGUUUCUUUGGCUUGUCUCAGGAGAGAGAAUUAAAGGAUUUAAUAUUUCAGGUUGUUCCACAAAAAAACUCCUUUGGACAUAUUCUACAAGAAGUGAAGAGGAAUUUAUCUUAUUUUGUGAUUUACCAGAGCCACAGAAAUCACAUUUCUGCCACAGAAGUCGACUCUCACCAACACAAGUCCCUGAACACCUGCCCUUCACGGGUAGUAAGGACCUAUCUGAUGUCCAAUGGUACCGACAACCUUCGAAUGGAGACCCAUUAGAGGACAUUAGGAAAAGCUAUCCUCACAUAAUUCAGGACAAAUGCACUCUUCGUUUUUUGACCCCAGGGGUGAAUAAUACUGGGUCAUAUAUUUGUAGACCCAAGAUGAUUAAGAGCCCCUGCGAUGUAGCCUGUUGUGUCAAGAUGAUUUUAGAAGUUAAGCCCCAGUCAAAUGCAUCCUGUGAGAAUUCUGCAUCACAUAAGCAAGACCUACUUCUCGGGAGCACUGGCUCUAUUUCUUGCCCCAGUCUCAGCUGCCAAAGUGAUGCACAAAGUCCAGAGGUAACCUGGUACAAGAAUGGAAAACUCCUCUCUACAACAAGGAGCAACCGAAUCGUAGUGGAUGAAGUUUACGUCUAUCACCAGGGCACAUACGUAUGUGAUUACACUCAGUCGGAUACUGCAAGUUCGUGGACGGUCAGAGCUGUUGUUCAAGUGAGAACCAUUGUGGGAGACACUAAACUCAAACCAGAUAUUCUGGAUCCUGUCGAGAGCACACUGGAAGUAGAACUUGGAAAGCCUUUAACUAUUAGCUGCAAAGCACGAUUUGGCUUUGAAAGGGUCUUUAACCCUGUCAUGAAAUGGUACAUCAAAGAUUCCGACCUAGAGUGGGAAGUCUCAGUACCUGAGGCAAAAAGUAUUAAAUCCACUUUAAAGGAUGAAAUCAUUGAGCGUAAUAUCAUCUUGGAAAAAGUCACUCAGCGUGAUCUUCGCAGAACGUUUGUUUGCUUUGUCCAGAACUCCAUUGGAAACACAACCCAGUCUGUCCAACUGAAGGAAAAGAGAAGAGUGGUGCUCCUGUACAUCCUGCUUGGCACCAUCGGGACGCUGGUGGCCGUGCUGGUGGCGAGUGCCCUCCUCUACAGGCACUGGAUUGAAAUAGUGCUGCUGUACCGGACCUACCAGAGCAAGGACGAGACGCUUGGGGAUAAAAAGGAUUUCGAUGCUUUUGUAUCCUAUGCAAAAUGGAGCUCUUUUCCAAGUGAGGCCACUUCAUCUCUGACUGAAGAACACUUGGCCCUGAGCCUAUUUCCUGAUGUUUUAGAAAACAAAUAUGGAUAUACCUUGUGUUUGCUUGAAAGAGAUGUGGCUCCAGGAGGAGCAUAUGCAGAAGACAUUGUGAGCAUUAUUAAGAGAAGCAGAAGAGGAAUAUUUAUCUUGAGCCCCAACUACGUCAACGGACCCAGUAUCUUUGAACUGCAAGCAGCAGUGAAUCUUGCCUUGGAUGAUCAAACACUGAAACUCAUUUUAAUUAAGUUCUGUUACUUCCAAGAGCCAGAGUCUCUACCUCAUCUUGUGAAAAAAGCUCUCAGGGUUUUGCCCACAGUUACUUGGAGAGGCUUAAAAUCAGUUCCUCCCAAUUCUAGAUUCUGGACCAAAAUGCGCUAUCACAUGCCUGUGAAAAACUCUCAGGGAUUCACGUGGAGCCAGCUCAGAAUUACCUCUAGGAUUUUUCAGUGGAAAGGACUCAGUACAACAGAAACCACUGGGAGGAGCUCUCAGCCUAAGGAAUGAUGAAAUGAGCGCUGGCGCCCCCUCCCGGCCAGUCCCUGGGAUAGAGAUUUUGCUGGACAGAACUCACAUCUAUGUGUGUGAAUGUUCAGGCUGAUAGGAAAUUCAGAGUCUGCUGCCAGCGGUGAGCAAGCUUGAUGGACAAUGGAAAGGGACUGAGACUGUGGUUUAGAGCCUUUGAUCUCCUGGACUGGACAGAGGGCGAGUGAAUUCGCUAGACCUUGGGUACUUUCGGUACACAACACCCCUAAGAUUUCCCAGUGGUCCGAGCAGAAUCAGAAAAUACAGCUACUUCUGCCUUAUGGCUAGGGACUUUCCUGUCUGCUAUGUAUUGUACAUAUGACUUUAUGUAUACUUGCAAUCAAAUAAAUAUUAUUUUAUUA